CUGUAUCGUGACUCGCAAGUUGUAGAUAGUACUAUUAUUGUCUACUACAACUACUUCUUUAGUGUUUGCUACCCACUACUCCGUAGUGUGUGGCUUACACUCUAUCUAGGAAUUCUACAGUCUACAGCUGUGUGUCAUACUGUCAGUCAUUCGCCACUCAUACUCAUACCGUAGAUAACAUUCUAAAAUUUCUAAUACCACUUGCAUAUUUUAAUUAUAAUUAUGCAUUAUUUAUUACAAUAUAAUGUUUAAUCAUCGUUUUUUGAGUAAUCUGGUAUUCAAUAUUUCAAUCGUCAUUCACGAACCAAAGACUAGCUAACAUCAAAUAAUUGUCAUUAAAUAAUCUCAAAACUACCAAGAUUCGCUAAGUUGCAAGUAGCUGCCUAUGCUACUUAUCUCUUCUUUUACCCAGUCAUUUCGCAAAAAGAACCUAAUUGACAAAUUAAUAAUUUCGUAAUUUUAAAAUAAAAAAAGAAUAAAAUAAAAUGAGUCCUAAAAUAUUUGUUAACAUCUUGACUUCUCCAAAGUCUUUAUUUAAAACACAAAUAACACAUGGAAUAUAUGUUCAGCAAAUAUACAGACGCUGGAAGAAUGAAUCACAUCGGCCGCCAAAAGACUUUAGUAAUUUACAGACUAUGCAAGACAUUAAACUAAAAUUGUCCAAUAUAAUGGGUAUAUCUGGAAAAUAUGAAAAUGAAGAAAGGGGAUGGUUAUCUGAGUAUCUGCCAAAAGAACAAAAUGAGCUACCACCUCGCUCUAUGAAUGACAGUUUUGACAGAGCUAUAGUUCCCUUGAGCACUAAUUUGACAUUGCAAAAUAAGUACACUACAACAUUCAAAAGCUUACGAAUUGGACGCCUUUUAGAAGAUAUGGAUCUUUUUGCUGUUUGGAUUGUUAUGAAGCACAUUUAUAAUCCAAUGCAACCACUGGAUGUUCCAACACCAUAUGUUGUUGUAACAUUACUAGUAGAUGAUGUUGUCAUAAAUGCUAAUCGAUUUCCAGAUAAAGAUUUAAUUCUAAGCGGCCAAGUAACUCAUGUUGGCAAAACUUCAUUAGAGGUUACUUUGUGGCUUGAACAAUUUAAUGAUGAUAAAUUUGAGCGUAUUACAAGAGCACAUUUUGUUUUUGUUGCUAGAGAUCCAACAAAUACAUCAUCUGUCAUGGUAAAUAAUUUAGUACCAGUUGGAGAACGCGAAAAAAAUCUAAUGAUUCUUUCUGCAAAAAAAAACGAGGAUAGAAAAAUGGCUCGCCAAAACUCAAUAUUGAAUAAAAUGCCAACACCUGAAGAACAAUCACUUAUUUAUGAAACAUUUAUGAAAACAGUCGAUAGAAAAGAGCCAAUAAUUGGUAAUAAAAUAUUACCAGAAAAUAGUGUGUGGAUGGAUGAUACGAUGCUUGAGACUAACAUUCUUUGCCAUCCUGAAGAUCGAAACUUACAUAACACUGUUUUUGGUGGUUAUUUGAUGCGUGUUGCUACUGAACUUGCAUUUUUAGUAGCAAGUGCACACAGCAAAACAAGAGUGACAUUAGAAGCAAUUAAUAGUAUUACUUUUCGAAAACCAGUUCCAAUUGGUAGCAAAUUGAAGUUAAAUGGACAGAUAUGUUACACCAGUGGUAGAGUAAUGAUAGUUGAAAUUAUUGCCAAAGUUGAAGAACUUGAAAGUAAAAGAAGUUUAACUUCUAACUCAUUUUACCAUGUUUAUGUUGCUCCAAAUGAUGUUGAUUCAGUAUUACCUCAAAAUUAUCAUGAUUCUAUGCUCUACAUUGAUGGGCGUAGACGGUACUUGGAUUUUGUCAACCACUUAGAAAAGGGACAACCAGAGGAUAACUAAGAUUAUGGGAAUGGGGUUUAUAAUAUUUUGAAGGAGUUUAAUAACACAUUCUAAUAAACUAAUUUUCUAACUUUUAUCAUAAGAAAUUUUAAAACUAAAUGGGUGUUGGUAAACAGUCUUUAUUCAAUACCAAAAGAAGUUUCGAUAAAAAAAACAGUUUUUUUUUGUAUAAAAAGUUACCUCUUUAAUUUUAAAAACUUAACAUUUUUAUUUGUUGCAUUUUUGAGUUUAUAAUUUGUUAACUAAUAAUAGUACUUCAGAACUAUUUACUUAAUAACUUUUUUACUAUUAUAUCAUUCCUAGUAUUAAAAAUAUUUGUAUGCAUUUUGUGUUAAACUAAUAAUAGAGUCAUGCCGAAUUCAUAGCAUAAGCUUUAGCUGCCAAUUUAUAGCAAGUCGGAAUCAUUCAAAAACUAGUCAUUUUGUUGAAUAAAAAAAUGUAUGUUUUAUUUCUAUUUCAAACUAGCGGGUCUUAAAUACAUAAAAAAUAUUAUAAGAUCACUAAUCAUAAUCAUACGUACAACUUGAAUGGUCUAUGCAGUGAUACUACCUGCGUCCCAAAUUGAUAAUAGUAGGUAACUUGCGUACCAACUGUUUUGAUGAAAAUUACUAGUUAGUUAUUACCAGAAGUAAGUUGUGUCCUUGCAUGUUGGAUGCAAUUCACAUGCCAUAAUAUUAGAAAUUCUUACAAAGAAUCUUACGGGACGCAAGUAACAUGCGGGCUGUUCAACUAUAUUAUUCAAUUAUUGAAUAUGUGAAUGAUAGAAGCUUAUGCUGUGAAUCCGGCAUCAUAAAUACAAACAUAAGUUAACUAAUUACAAUUGUUAAUCUAUUAAUAAUUAUCAUCGUCACUAGAUGAUAUAUCUGAAUAAUGGUCUAAUUGAUCUAACCACCAUUCAUGUAUUUCUUUCACUGCAUUUAUAACUUUAGGGGUACUUGAUCUUUGUUCUCUUGAAGAAGUCGACACAUUUAAAUUAGACAUAUUUAAUGGUUUUAAGUUCCUGUAUGAAGCUUUACGAUUUUUUUCUUUAUCCGAAGGAUCUGAUAAGGUUGGUGUCAAAAAUUUGCGUCCAGAUCCACUGCCAACACUAUCUGAACGUGUAAUUCCUGAAGUUGAUUUGAGCUUUGUUCGAUUUGUAUCAGACUGAAAUCAAGUUAUAAUGAAACAUGAAUUGUUUAAAAUCAUUUGUAAUAACAUACUUUUAAAUCUUUUUCUUCAUUUUCUUUUUCAUUGUUGGCAGCUUGUUUCUCUUCAAAAUCCCUAAGCAUCAUUUCAUUUGUUGCACGAAGGCCAGCUAAUAGACUACCUUGUUGCCUCUGUAAAAAUGUCAAUCUUAAUAAUGAUAUCUUUAGAAAUUUAGCAUUUAAAUUUACAUUAGCUGCCCUCAUUUUCCGUAAACAUCCUUCAAGCCAAUUACGUAUGGUUUGUUUAGCAACUUCUUCUUGAAUAUUUACUUCAAAAUCUUCACGUGCGACUAACUCUUCAAGCUGUAAAGCUUUUGUUAUAUCGACCGUGCGAUACGAUAACAUACUAUGUACAAAUAAAUAAAUAAUAAAUAAAUGUUGAAUGCUAUUUUAAGUAUUUUAACAUUACUUUAAAACAUCAUGAAAUGUUACUUCUUGUCCAUUGUGAAGCCUUUCUAAUUCAUAGCACAUAUGUUUCAAUAACAUUUUUCCUUUUUGUGGAUCGGUUUCUAAUCUACCUUUCAAUAGGCGUAAUAAAAACUUCACCUAUGAACAUUUUAAAUAUUUUGUGAUUGAAAUAAAAAACAUUAGCAAGCAGUUGCCAGUCUCAGAAAUAUAUUCUAGUUUUUAUAAAAAUAUAACCAAAUAGUUUAAAAAUAAUUACAUAAAAGUUAAUGUC